UUUGAUGCAAUGGAAUGAAAGUGAAAUUCGGCCAAAAUACACAACUGACAAUAAUAAAGAGGACGAGGAAAAAGAAACGAAUGAGAUUGCAUUGAAAGGGGCGGUUAAAACAUACUAUACUAGUUCGCGGCGUAUUAAACGUUCACGAAUUCGAUCUGAAAUUUCCAUUUAUCAGUCGGGUUUACGAAGUGCACGCUUGCAUACAUCGCCAACAUAUGUAAGCAAAUUUGCUUUAUCUUCUUUCGGUUCAUCCGAUUACACUGAAUAUCAGAGGAAAUCACUUAAUGUUGUGCCGAUCUUCAAAGCCCAGUCGUCGACAUCAUCAUUGUUAGGCGGGAAAGCUUCUCCACGUAUAUGUGGUGGUGUACUGAAUUCGCGUAAUGGUGUUAUACAAACACCAAAUUUUCCACAUAAAUUUGCAACACCGAUCGAGUGCGUUUGGAUAAUUGACGCCUCGAAUGCAGUAAAGGAUUCAUUUCAUCAUAACGCAUCUAUUGUGGUUUACUUGACUCAGCUCUACGUUUUAAGUGGCCUCAAAUUUACCGAAUACAUGUACUAUUCCGAUGAUUAUAAAGUGCCAGCUCAUAGCGUGUUCACAUUAACCGAAGGCGAUAUUACUAAGGUGGCCUGGAUUCAGUUCAAUUCGCAAUAUCUGGAAAUAAGUUUUCAAAUGACUUCGCUGGACGGUACCCAUCUAAGAGCUUUAGAUCGUUUAUUGGACGUUUAUGGAUUUAAUAUAACCUACGAAAUGGCUCCGCUUAAGCCAUAUCAGUGCAGUACUUUGCAAUGUAGAUUCUUAGGGCACUGCUAUGCCCGUCACGAUUUCAGCUCAUAUUAUUGUUCAUGCUUUCCGGGUUUUAGUGGUGUUGACUGCGGCUAUGGUCCUCUAUGCAAUGAUCCUCACACCAAUAUCUGCAAAAAUGGAGGCAUAUGCAAACAUAUUGGUGAUGCGGCCAUAACUUGUCAUUGUCUACCGGGCUACAAGGGUACCAGAUGCGAAAUACCAGAAAUAAGUGAAAGAACAAUGGGUUGUACCACCAAUCUUUCGGCUCUCACUUGCUAUCGUCAAUGCGAUUUCGAAAAUUUGCAGGAAAAGAUAUCCAUAUCAAGAGCCAACAAGUUUAUAGGGCGCGCUGGAAAAACUCGAUAUGAAGCAACAAUACGUUCAGGAACAAAUUUAACCAAUUUUUAUCAGCAUCACGGCAACGAGAAAGAGUUCAAUCAGUCAUUUCAACAUUUUUCGCAAUUUUUAGAGAAAUAUAUAACCCGUGUGGUACGUAAUUUUAAUGUUUCAAAAAUCAGCGAUUUCGAAUUGAUUUCGAAAAGUCGGGAUACUUUGGAGAUCACUUUUCAUAUGUUUGGCAAUAAAGAUGAUUCGCAGCGUAUCCGCGAAGCAAUCACUCGCAUGGUGGAGCGUGGUCGCAUUGGCAAUAUUACUCUUGUUUCCAAUUAUCAUUUAUUUGAUGAAAACCCGCCCUUGAAUUUAACGGACUUGAUUGUUAGCCCUAAGCAGCCGAUACGUGAAGGGAAUGAAUUUGUUUUGUCAUGCACGGCUCAAGGUUCGCCACGCAUGUCAUUUCAAUGGUAUAAAGACGGUGUUAUAGUAAACGUCUCAAGGGCUACAAGAGAAAUAUGGUCUACAGUUUUACCACCAGAAACGAAAGACGUAUUCACAGCCAUUUUAGGCGUAACAAAAGCAAACGCUUUGGAUAAGGGUAUCUACACUUGCAAGGUGACCGAUUGGGGUGGUGAACAAUGUCGAUCGCUACAUGUACACAUUAAAUCUCCUCCCCGAUUACGUGUAGAUCCGGUUAGCGUUACGCUUCACAAGGGCGAUUCACUGCGCGUACGUUGUCUAUCACCCGGCAACGACGACUUAAAACGUUAUGCUCAACUGGGAUACAGUUGGACGCGUAAUGCUCUGUUAUUUCAAUCGGACCCGAAAACUGUCAUGUGGGAAGACCUCUAUCCGGAUGGGAGUAUUUUAAAAAUUAAUAAUAUCCAGAAAUCCGGCGAAUAUUCAUGCAGCGUCUCAAAUAGUGUUAAACCGGUUACCAAAAGCGUUUAUAUAACCGUUAUUGAUCGUAAUGCUGCGCACGUGUGUCAAGCUACCUCGAAAUACGGGGUUCACUGGCCUACUAGCGCUCCAAGCGGCGCACCAGUCAUUUCAAAUUGUCCUCAGGGAUUUGAGGGGUUUUCCAAACGCAUCUGCGAGAAACGUGAUGCUGGUAAUUUUUCCUGGUUAAUGCCAGACUUUACCAACUGCGUGCAUGACCAACUGCUAAGUAUAUACACUAAAUUUAAAUCGUUAACUUUGGGCUUUCAACAUACAAACACAUCACAACUACUAAAAUCUUGCCUACAUUACACGACAAAUCGUUAUAAACUUUUUUUGCCCGGCGAAGGGGGAUUUCUAAUCGAUAUGCUACAUGAGCUUAACAAUUAUUUACAAUUGAAAGGCACUCAACUGGAACGUGAAAUGGCAGCAGAAAUUGUUUUGCACAUUCUAGACAAAGUUUUGCAAAACACAAAAUCAUUGAACAAUCAACAGCAAAUAAAAAAAUUGCAAUUUUUAACACAAUCAGCCGCACUGAACCGCGAAACCAUAGCUGCUUCUCAAUUGGCUAUAUCAACCUUAGGCGGAAUUAUGACACAAACUCAACCAUUGUCUUCUUCAUCCUCGUCAUCAUCAUCGUCGUCGUCGUCGUCGUCGUCGUUAUCAGCCUUGCACUUGUCAACAACAACGUCCAUGGCAACAUUAUUUGCUCAGUCGAGUGACUUCGAUGUUUCAAAUGCAACAUCUUUAACUGAAAUUGCUGGCAGCAUCAACACUGACCGUCACGAUAAAGUUCCCAUCAACAGCCACAUUGUCUCAACAAAUGCCAACGAAAAUAAACCAGAAACUCGGAUGAAAACUGACUUAUCUCAGCCUGACUCAUCCCACCAUAGCAUUUUAACUAUGAAUUCAGACUACUCAGCCUUGCAUCCUUUAAAUUCAUUGCGCAUAUUUAUGACAUCUGUAAAAACUUUACCCUUUCAUUUACACAUAUACGGGGACGAUUUAUAUUCAGACCAGUUAUAUGUGGACAUUGGUCCGUCGAAACGUCUGACAAACAUCAUGACAAAUAACACAAUUUUUGCUGCAGUGAUUUCGUAUAAAAAUUUAAAGAACUUCUUACCAAAAACCUACUACAUAAGAGGAAGUGAUACCAAAUUCACUGACUAUAUAUUAGCCUCACGCAUCAUACAAACGUGGCUUUUCCAAUCUAACCGCUCCAAUGAUAAUGUGCGCUUACCAUUACCUUCUGAGGCUGGUCAUGUGGAACUGGUAUUUCAACAUGAACGCACACUAAAGGACAGUGAUUGGACAGCCGUAUGCGGCUAUGACUACGAGGCCACCUUCGAAUCUACUUGGCGCAGCGAUUUAUGCAUAACUAAAAACUUGAGGCAGAAUAUUACGCGUUGCAUUUGCCCGCUUUCUGGUACUUAUGUGGUCAUGCUAACGAAACCUUCUACCAGCCCGUAUAAUUUCUCGCCACCCCCUCGACCGCUAUUCGUCAUUAUUAGUUGCGUGUGUUGUUUAUUGCUAUCAUGCACAGCAUUCAUUAUACUACUGCCCGUUUGGUACAAUCGACACUGCGCCUCAACAUUUUUGAAAAUGCAAUUCUGCUUGUCGACAUCCAGCAUCAUGAUUGUAUUUUUACUUGGAUUCUUGAAAAUAUUGCCUUUGCAUUGGCAACCCAUUGUCAGUUCCUCGUUGGGCUCUUUGCUCCUCUUGGGCAUUUCCACACUAAUUGCUAUUGCAUUAGUGAUACAUAGCGAACUAGUAUCUAAGAAAAUGCUGCACCAUCGAAUACCUAUUACAAGGACGGUUGCAAAUACCGUAACUACAACUCCUGCCCACGUAAACACGACCGUCGCAUCCACUUAUGAAGCAUUAACUGAAAAAGACCAAACAAAGCUGCAGUGUAAACAUCAUUUACCACAAAAAUUUGGGAAAACCACAACGGUAACAGCCGGAAGAGCGGUGUUAAACAGUAACAUAACAAUGGCAAAUAAAAUACAAAUUAAUACAGAAACAAUUACGAGCGAAAUGAUCAAUAAUAGUGCAGCAGCAGUUGCAGUUUGCGGUUUUGAGGGCAACGCAAAAAGGUUAAAACACUUAAGCCGUCACACUAAUGAACUCGAAGAAUCCAUAAUGUUUUCUUCUACAUCGGGUAUAUGCGGCGCGAUUGGCAUUAGCUGGUUGUUGCCUAUAUUGUAUGCGAUAACAGCGCCUCUAAUUUGCUCAAUUAACGACAAAUGGCCACGAAAUUGGUGGCUAGAAAUUACCGCUCAUUCAGACACUGACACGGCUGGUGGUAAUGGUAAACUGUAUACUGCCUCAAAACCAUUGACAACAACGAAUGAACGCUAUUUGCGUUCACAUUUAAUACCAAUGCAAACUACAACCGCAUCCUCCCUCAUAAACAACGGGGACAAUAUGAUGCAAUUGGGGGAUAACAACAACAAUAACGAUAACAAUGGCUUAGAUACAAGCAAUAUAACAGCGCUGAAAACUUCACUAUUGUCCUCACCUUCAUUGCAUCAUAACGAAAAGCUUGGCAGCUAUCAUUCGCCGAACAAUCUUGAAGAUGUUUCUUAUGAUUCUACAGACGCGAUACGAACCUCAAUGCCGACUUUAAAUUUUAUCAUUUUUUUAUUCGUUGAUAUUUUGUUCAUUUUAUUGUUUUUCGCUUUAUUCGCAAUUUUAAUCAAGAAACUCGUCCGACUUUGGCAUAAAAAACAGCGCCUUUUAGGAUGUAGUCCUAAAAAAAGCAAUUCAUCGGCAUAUUCUUCUGGCAAAUAUAAUCAAAGCAUGCAUCAAAGGAUCGGGCUUUUAUAUCGUUUAGGUUAUUUAUUGCUAACGAAAUUAACAGUGGACGCGUUGUUUAUUGUGUACAGCAACGCAAGCACAGAUUCCUGGUGGUGUUAUCCUUUCGGUGUAUCCUGCAUACUAUUGGGAUUUACGGUUUUGUGUUGUUUUAUAAUAAAACCGGAAUGUCAACUACGCAACUCGUUCUCUGCCUGCAGUAUGCAUAACAAGCAAACAACAGUAAGUGGGACGUUAAGAACGAAAUUAAAUUCAAGUAAAACAAGUUUAGAAGGCAAUUAUUGUAUGGGCUUGAUUAACACACCACUAAAUUUCUACGGACAACAGGAAAAAGAAGCACAAGUCGAAAGCGGAGCACCGACGAUGUCUUUGUAUAAAAUAGGACCGCAUCCUCCAUUACCGCAACCUAUGGCUAGACUCACAAACCAACAAAUUGAAAUUGAGGGAGCCGGUUGUCGAUUAACGGGUCUGACGCUCAUCACGACCACGCCGCAUUGUCAAAUACUGCCUAUGUGUUCAAAAACAACAACAACAACAACAACAACCAAUCAUAAGCAUCCCUAUAGUGUUCCUGGAUUUGGAGGUAAAACUUUACCUCAUCGAAAGUGUUUGCAGCAAAAAAAAUCGAUGCAAAGUAAAACAACAACUUUUAUAACAUCUUCAGCCGCCAAAUGCUGUAAUAUAAUGAACGAGAGCAACGAUCGCCCCAUAUGUGACCCACCAUCAGAAUCUAGUUUAAGUAGACGAGAACCGCCUGCCUCACAAACUAAUCGUUUUGCAGGUGUCGAGGCUUUGGAUAUACUGCAAGGUGCUGGAAUAGAUUCUGUAUAUAGUAUGCACAGGACUGCCAGUAUGACGAGCAUGUGCCCUUCAACUGGAAGAAGACAUCCCGAAGUUCAAUCGCCAGCAAGAGCUCCGCAGAGCAAUAGAAAUUCACCGCAAUUACAGUUGGAAGCCAUGCAAAAACAAUACGCUACACAAAAAAUGCACGCUGGAAUGUUGGUAUCCAUAUGCGAUUUAACAAAUGUAUCUGCGACAAUGGCACCAUUGAUAGCCGAUUUACAAUAUGAAAAGGCAGCGGAAUCCGGCGUAGCGACAACGCCCGCAAUAGCGCAAAAGCAAACGCCAAAAGCAUCAAAAAGUGUAACGAUAAUGGAACCGACUACGCACACAUUCGAUCCGUUAUUACCAACAAAGAUGGCCAUUCUGAAUAGCCAUAGCAGCCAAGAACCUCUGUCCCUGAUAAACAAUGUGCAUGAAGUGAAUACUGCCACGGAAAGCGAUAAGAAUGAUAGCAAGAAUGGUGUCCUGGAUCGGAUAACAUAUGACCUCAAUUAUCUCUUAAAUGGCAGCAAUGAUGUACAUAUAGCACCACACCUUCCGCCGCAAACUACGCUAGAAGUAGAUAAAAUGUAAACUGAAAUGUAUGCAAAAACAUGUAAAAGAAGUUCUUAUCGCCAAUGAAACUUCCUUGGAUAUCUUCGAGAUAUGCAUUAUCUCUCUCUCUCUGUCUCUUGUCCAAUCUGUAAAAGUUUUGUAAAAUUUUUCUUUAAUUUCUUCUCUUCAUGUUCGUAUACGCAUCAGCAGCAAAUGAUAAUAUUCGAGUUUUAAGGCAAAUAAAAAACUUUUCCAAAGUUUUUAAUAAUUUACGCAUUGAAAGAAUGGAAGAGAAAAUGUUGUGUAUACGAAUGGCUUUGCAAAAUCAUAUGAACGAAUAUUAGGAACACUUUGUUUUUUUUUUUGUCUGUUUGUAAAUAUAUUUAAAUUCAUUUCGUUAGCAAUAAGGAAACCGCUUACACACGACCAACAUAUGCGCAAUCAUGGAGAUGGUAAAUAAUAUUUUCCGGGUUAGCUAAAAACUAAAAAGAAAUAGGAAAACUGUAUACCUGAAGACACAUUUGGACGUCUGUCGCGGCAUUCUUGCGCGGUCGGUAAUGCAACAUACGUUUGCAAAACAUUUGUGAGAAUAUUUAAUAAAUAAAUGAACACGAAAGUAACCCAAAUGCUUCGUUAAUUUUUCAUCUAAAUAAAUGCAUUUGUUAGGAAAGCCCCAAUAUUUUUUCUCGGUUUUUUAUAGGUUUGGCAGAUGCACUUUAUAUUUUUGCAAUAAUUCGAGGAGUAUACAUACCGUGGCAUUUUGAUGUCUAGGGCUCUUUUUGAAUCUCAUAAAUAUCAAAUAACAUAAACACUAUGCAAACUUUCCAAUAA